CGCCGCGCGUCGGUCGAAGUCUCGCUCGCUCCCUCGCGCAGUGGCAGAGAACGCGUUCGUUCGAGGCGUUCGACUUUCGAGCGGCGACGUACGCUAGCGUGUAUGUCUUCAUUAUUGAUGCAAAAGUUCCACGAUGGUAGAUCAUAACCAGAAAUUGUUACAGGAGUUGCAAAAGAAAAGUGGAAAUAAUGUUUGUGCCGAUUGUGGAAAUCUGGACCCUGAUUGGGCGUCCUACAACCUUGGUAUAUUCAUAUGCAUGCGUUGUGCCAGUAUCCACCGUGGCAUGGGCGCCCACAUAAGCAAAGUGAAACACCUCAAGCUUGAUCGCUGGGAGGAUUCUCAAGUUCAAAGAAUGAAGGAGGUUGGUAAUAACGCAGCGAAGAACAAAUAUGAGGAAAGAGUCCCACCGUGUUACAGACGACCGAAUAAGAACGAUCCACAAGUACUGAUAGAGCAGUGGAUCCGUGCAAAGUAUGAACGAGAAGAAUUUUGUCAUCCAGAACGUCAGAGCUACCUCUCAGGUACCAUGGAGGGAUUCCUCAUGAAGAGAGGCAAGGAGGAUAGCCGUUACCAGCUGAGGAAGUUCGUCUUAAGUGAGAAUGAGGACACCCUUAAGUAUCAUCCCGCUACUGACGGCUGCGGCCGUACAACUGGUUGUCUCGAUCGGUUAAUCGAUCGUCUCCGCGUCAAAAACUUUGGUCCUUUGAGAUACCAUGUCAGGGAGAAUAAGGAACCUAAGGGUGUGCUCAAACUGUCGGAACUGAACGUGGCGUUUGCUCCUUCAAAGAUCGGCCACAUGAACUCCAUGCAACUGACGUUCAUGAAGGAUGGGUCCACCAGGCAUAUCUACGUGUACCACGAGGAUCCUGAGGUUAUUAGCAAUUGGUACACAGCAAUCCGCUGCGCCCAACUGCACCUACUUCAGGUCGCGUUCCCAUCAAUGCCACAAUCGGACCUGGUACUCCGUCUCCCCAAGGACUUCGCCCGUGAAGGCUGGCUGUGGAAGACUGGGCCAAGACCUUCGGACGCUCACCGCCGCCGAUGGUUCACCUUAGAUAAUAGGAAGCUCAUGUACCACGAUGAGCCUCUUGAUGCUUAUCCCAAGGGAGAGAUCUUUGUUGGUCACGAGUCCAACGGCUACUGCAUCAAGGUAUCGAACACGGGCAACGGUUGCAAGGACGCGCGGUUUCCCUUCCAGCUGGUGACUCCCGACCGGACGUACUGCCUCGCCGCCACCACCCACGAGGACCGCGACGGUUGGCUCGCUGUUAUACAGCAGACUAUCAAGAGGCCGCUCACACCACAGGAUUCUACCAUUGAAGCCACGUUGGUGCGCAAGCGCACGGCGUCCAACUCCAUCAGCAUAUUCUCGGGCAGGUAGUCGGUGAGCCGCGCAGCUUGCAACCCCUACUUCUGAAGUAAGUCAGAUGUACUACGUCAUCGCCCGCUUUACACCCUGCGUUACGAUACGUCAUACCGACUGCAAAUAAUUAUUAUUAAAUUAUUAUUAAAAAACCCUCUAGACUUAUAUUUUAAUAAUUAGGACUUAUUUUACGACGACUCUUGUAAAUACAAUUAUUUUUGAUUAAAUGAUUUUAAUCGGUUUAUCCAUUAUUUAAUUACGUAAUGCUGCGUUUGCGUUUAGUUUUAUCACUUAGGACUUGAUCGGUGUAAUCUAAAAAUAAUUUAUUGUAUUUAAUGCAAUGAUGGAUUUGAAUCGAUAAUUUAAGGAAUAUUAAUUAAAUUAUACAUAAUUUAUGUUAAUUUUGUAAGGUUAAUAAAGUGUGUUUGUUCA